AUGCCUUUCGUCAAGACUGUCAAGUCUAACUCCUACUUCUCUCGUUACCAGGUCAAGUACCGACGACGACGAGAGGGCCGUACCGACUACUACGCCCGCAAGCGUCUCGUUUCGCAGGCCAAGAACAAGUACAACGCUCCCAAGUACCGCCUUGUUGUGCGUUUCUCUAACCGAUAUGUCACCUGCCAGAUCGUGCACGCCAAGAUUGUUGGUGACUUUGUGCUCACCCAGGCUUCGUCCAAGGAGCUCCCCCGCUACGGUGUCAAGACUGGUCUUUCCAACUGGACGGCUGCUUACGCCACUGGUCUGCUCGUUGCUCGUCGUGCUUUGACCCUGCUCGGUCUCGCCGACAAGUACGAGGGUGUUACUGAGCCCGAUGGUGAGAUGGCCGAGGUCGAGCCUUUGGGCGACGACGAGCCGCGUCCAUUCAAGUGCUUCCUCGACGUUGGUCUCAAGCGCACUUCCACCGGUUCGCGUGUGUUUGGUGCGCUCAAGGGUGCCUCGGACGGUGGUAUCUUCAUCCCGCACUCGGAGAAGCGAUUCCCCGGUUUCGACCCUGAAGCCAAGGAGCUCGACGCCGAACUGCUGCGCUCCUACAUCUACGGUGGUCACGUUGCCGAGUACAUGGAGUCGCUCGAGGAGGAAGAUGACGAGCGAUUCAAGAAGCAGUUCUCCACCGCUCUCGAGCAGGACAUUGGUUCCGAGGACCUCGAGGACAUGUGGACCGAGGCAUUCGAGAAGAUUCGUGAGGACCCCUCGUUCACCCCCUCGGACAAGAGCGGCAAGGACUGGGCUGCCGAGUCCAAGAAGUACAAGGCCACCAAGCUCACUUACGAGCAGCGCAAGGCCAAGAUCGCCGACAAGAUUGCCGCCUUCAAGGCUGGUGCCGAACUCUAA